CAUUAUGAAGUAAACCAAGCCACCCCUAAACCUUGUUUUUUUGUAAAUGGUUAAAAUGCCCCCACAAUGAUUAGCACUCAUUUAAUUAAAAUGAUUAGAUUAAUUAAAUUAGUUAGAUUAGUUAGUUGAUUUAUAAGUUGGGUUUUAGAAAUAAUUUAGAGAGAAGUAGAAUGAACCAGUAGAGGAAGUUUUGGGUGGUGGGGGUAGGGUUUUUGAGAAAUUCGUGAUAUGAGUGAUUCAAAUCCUGAUUUUGAAGUGGGGGAGUCUUCUAACUUUUCUCCUACAUAUGAGUACUUGUAUGAUGAUCUAUCAGACCAUGAUCAAAUGGAUUACAUGCAUGACUCUCGUUUUUAUUUUCCCGCUUUUAUUUUCCUCAAACUCAUGAUGGGUAUGGAAGUGAUGAAUAUCUUGAGCCAAACGUAGAAUUCAAUGACCAAGAAGAAGAGAAUGGAACUGCAAGUAAUCAGAUUGUUGCAUUGGUACCGAUGACGGAUCAGCCUCAAACUCAGAAAAUUAGGGGUCCUGAUACGUCCGCACAUUAUGCUAAUGAUUUGGAAUGGAAAAAAAAAAGACGACGCGGUCACUUGGAUUAUUGAGAAAGCAAAAGAGAAUAUGUGUGUUCUAAUGAAAAACACCGAACAAAAAUCUAUGCGGUUUGAAAUGGUAUGCGAGUGUUAUGGGUCGCCGGACGAAAGUCACAAGAGAAAGGAUUAUGUGUAUGAUAAGAAGACGACUAGGGUGUACAAGACGAAGUCAAAGAAGUGUGGAUGCCCAUUCAAGAUUAUUUUUGGGAGGAACAAAGACACCGAUGGCAUGGCAUGUGGAGAAUGACUAGAGUUGAUGUUGGUUGGCAUAACCAUAAAGAUCCCGAAACUCUUGUUGGGCAUUGUCAAGUUGCCAAGUUGAAACCGCACGAGUUCGAACAAGUAAGAACAAGUUGUGGAAUUAAAUUAAACCAAGCAAGCUCGCUCCUUAAUAAGUUCAAGAGGGAUGACAAGAAUAACCUCUCUUCAUUGUCUAUAAUUUAUGCGGCCAAGCCAACUAUUAAAAGAAUUGAAUGGGAUGGAAGAAAGGUGAUGGAAGAAUCACAAUGGUUAAUAUACAAAUACAACUACACGGGAGACACCAUGAGUCAUCGGAGGGGAAGGUGGAUCGUAUUUUUCUUGCGCAUCCCGAUAUGAUUAAAUUGGCGCGUUGUUUUUACCAAGUUUUGUUCAUGGAUUGUACUUAUAAGACGAAUAGGUACAACAUGUCUUUGUUGAAUAUUGUUGGACAAACCUCGGAUAAGCAAUCGUUCACGGUGGCAUGGUGUUUUAUGGAUCGUGAGAAGGAUGAUAGCCAUAUUUUGGCAUUGGAAACUUUAAAGCUUCUCUACCACGAAGACGAGACUCCCGGGAGUGUAGUCACCUACAAUGAGCAAGCAAUAAUGAACGCCGUGAGGAUAGUCUUUCCCAAUGCACAAAAUUUCCUUUGCACUUGGCAUAUACAAUGCAAUCUUAGAAAGAAUUGUAGAAGUCAUAUCCAAAAACCGAAGUCAAAGAAAUGAACUAAACGUGAAAAGAAGGAAGAUGAACGUCUUAGCAAACUAACUAAAGAGGAGCGAGAGAAGGAGAAAGAGAAAGAGAAAGAAGACGAUGAAUGGAAAGAAGGUGAGAUCAAGUUUGGGUUAUUCAUGAAAGCGUGGGAUAAGGUGGUUUGUUCGAUGAGUGUUGCAAGAUAUGAGAUAAACUUGAAGGAGUUCGAGGAAGAUUGGGGGACUAAUUACCCAAAAGUAGUGGAAUAUUGCAAGAAACAAUUGUUGAGGCCACACAAAGAGAGGUUUGUGUAUGCUAUUACUUACGACUAUAAACAUUUCAAACUUGAAUCCACAGGCAUGGUAGAGCAAGAUCAUGGGAGACUAAAAGGUUUACUUUUCACAAGUCAAAAUGGGAUUGUGAAGGUGUAACAUGCUAUCCAUGAGUACACUAGUAAUGAUAUCAACAAGAUAAAAAAGCAAUUCCAAGAAAGUAGCUUCUGGAAGUUGAGGGAGUUUAAGGAGGGUAAUUGGAUGCUUGUUGGUAUACAUUGCAACGUCUCGCAUUUGGAAAUACGUUUUAUGAUGAAACAUCUCGCUUUGUUUAAAAAGUAUAAAAAGUAUGACGACCCGAGCACUCCUUGUAAGUGUAGGAUAAUGAAGGCUAUCGGACUUCCAUGUCAUCAUAUGCUUGGUAGGUAUAAAACUCCCGUUCCUCUUGAUGAUAUCGAUCCUUAUUGGAAGCAAUUAUCUUUCAAACCGGCUCCAAGAGAAGAUAUCGGUGAAGAGUUUGGCGACAUGGAACUUGGGAGAAUAAUCCUUGAAAAGUACCCCAAGUUGAAUAGGUUGGAUAAACAAACUAUGAAGCACAAGCUAAUGCCGAUUGUUUACCCUUUUAUGGAAGAACUUCAAGAACCGGCGAAACAAGAUCCAACAGGUAGACCACCUACCACAAAGACGAGGGAGGAAGAAAGGGAACAAAUUAAAGAGUAUUUGAGUACAAAAUGCGAUCAAUCCAAAAGGGAUCAAAUUAAAGAGUAUUUGAGUACAAAAUGCGAUCAAUCCGAAAUGGAUCAAAUUAAAGAGUAUUUGAGUACAAAGUGCGAUCAAUCCAAAAGGGAACAAAUUAAAGAGCAUUUGAGUACAAAGUGCGAUCCAUCCGGACAUGUUUAUAGCGAGGCGCAAUACAAGGAGGAGCCGUCUAAAAAGAAAAGAGGUCAUCCGCGGAAAGAAACAACUACACCAACGGUUUCAAACUUGAAUCCAAAUAGCAUUCCACUUCUUGAGAGUCAAGCAAGUGUGGAAUAUGUUGGAAAGAAAAGGGGUCGGCCAAGGAAGGAUUCAACUACAACAACUAUCUCAAACUUGAAUCCAAAUGGAACUCUACCUCUUGAGAGUCAAGCAAGCCAAGGAGAUGUUGCGAAGAAAAGAGGUCGUCCAAGGAAGGUAGUAUAACCGGUGUUGCAAGAGUAUCGCGUACAACUCCCUCCAAUUAUUCAAGAGUUCGUUAUUGGUACCGACGACGUCCCAAAAGAUGGAAAUUGUGGGUUUCACGUUGUCUCGCAACAAUUGGGACACCUAAGUGGAGCGGUUGAGGAGAAUCUCACCCAAUGCCAAUACAUAAGAAAGAAGAUGGCUGCCCGAAUAGAAAACGACAAGGAGUUUCAUAUCUCAAUGAUGCUAGAAGGUUCCAUGGAGGACAAACAAGCAACUUUUAAAGAUUUGCUAACUAGUGUUAAAGGCUCGGAGGGAAAUGCACCGGUCAAAUGGGAGCAUUGGUUGAGAAUGCCGUAGUGUGGACAUCUAUUGGCGGAUACGUGGAAUUGCGUGGUACAUUUUUUUAGUAAGGGACUAUGUAUAGCAUUUGCACCGAAACAUGCGGUUUGCGUGGAGCAACUCAAGCAUAGAAGAAUUGUCAUGGUUUUGGUGGAUAAAAAUCAUUUUAUUGGUCUACAACUUAAUAAGGAAUGUUCAUUACCUCCUCUUUGUAGGUUUAGUUUUUGGGAGAAGUUCACAAACAACAAGAGUAAGGAAUGGAUGAAACUUUAUGAGGACAACAUGACCCUUUGGAAUGUUUAAGAUGAGUCUAGGGAAUGUCCCAUAGAUUUGACUAAAGGAGGUUCAAUAGAUUUGAAUGAACUCCCUCCAAUAGAUUUAAGUGAUGAUUGAUUAUGGUA